CAAUUACGAAACGACAAUAUUUGUGAAUUGUGUCCUCCUUUUAAAAUUUUAAAUUAAAUCUAAAUUCAAAAACUAAAAUGGUAAAAUUAAAAAAUUUAUAAAUUUGUGACCAAUUAAGCGAAGUGCCUUGAGUUCAUGAGUUAAAAUAGUACAGUUCCCCAUACAUAUUAUGCUGAGACCUGAGUUACUUGAACAGAGGAGAAAAACUUCGGCUGAUCUAACUGUUACCUAACAAGUUACGAAUGUUUGCUUAAAAAUUUGAUAAUUAUCUAACUCGAAUUUAGUGCUGAUGUAAGUUAGCUGAGCAUUGAAGAUGUGUUAUCUAUAAUGAGAUAAAAAUCAUCACUUUGUACGAAAUUUAUUCUUCGAAAUACUCCAAUGCAAGUCAAGACGAUGGCUGAAGGAGAAAAGGAUUUCUUUCGUGACACUUGGGUGAGAUUUAUUGAUCCAUGGUUGCAGGCUACUCCAACGAGGUUGGGGAGUCGUUCCGUCCAGUGGUACCGGUCAAGGUGGUGAGAGCUACCUACGGCGUGGCCUUCGCAUAUGUCCUGGCUGACACUGCAGACAAGAGUUGGAAGAUGUAUAAAAAAGGCGGAGGACCAAAAAAAGUGUUAUUAGAGACAGGCGAUGCACUAAUAUGGCAGACAUUGGCAUCUGUGGCUAUCCCGGGAUUGGUUAUAAACAGAAUAUGCCACUACACGCUAAGGUAUCUUGAGAAGAAAGCGCCAAAAAUACCGCACACCCCACGGAAGAUGGCAGCCGUGGCUGUCGGCCUGGUCUCCAUACCCGCCAUAGUGUACCCCAUAGACCUGGGUGUCACGCUCCUGAUGAACGCCACAUACAGGAAAUGGUAUCACACGUAACGAUGGUAUUGUUUAAGUGGGAGGUAGAGGUAGAGGUAAGAACCAUUCUUAUAUAGAGAUUCAAUUGAAAGGUCUGCUGAAAAAAAAAUAUCUGGAUGACUGGCUUGGAGUUUUUGGAGUCUACUCCUUAAGAAUCGAUUUUUCAUAUAUAGCCCCCGCUAUUAAAAAAUAUGGGAAGUAAAAUUCCAUGAACGGAUGACAGCGUUACGUUUUUUGUGCGUAACCUAUUCUGCGCACCUUUACCGUGCGCUGCCGCCAACAGCGUGCACGCCGCGGACUGCUGCUCCUCGUUUGCGCACCUUUCACUUUUCAGGCGUAUUAAGACGUACAUAAUGUAUGCUGCGAGGCAACAUGCACCUAUUUAGACAGUCGAUCUGAAAGAGUUUCUUUUUUUUUGGUUGGAAAAGUACUAAUAUUUUUGGUGAUCAACAUCCAGGGUAUUAGUGGUACUUUGUUUAUGGCUUACAAUAUGCUGAAAGUUUGUCAGUCCAUGCUCAUACCAUACUAAUAAGUAUGAUAGUUAACUAUGGAUUGUGGUGGCUUUGAGAGCAGGUUUCAAGGGUCCAAACCCUCAACCGUCCAAGUUUUUUUUUUAUAUUUCCUACAGAAUUUAAAAAUCAAAAUGCAUCUUUAAUUUAAUGACAGACAGGCAGACAUUUUUUUUAUAAAGAAAUGGUUUUAGCGUUACCUCUAAUUCCCACGAAUGUUAUUUUUUGAAAUUAGAUUUGUUGUCUAUGGUUUAGCAACCAUCUUGGAUUCGUCUUCUUUGGAUUCGAUGGUUUAUAUCGACAAAUCAUAUAUAAAAGCCAGUUACAAAAAUGUAAUUUAUUUUGUGAUAAUGCCAUUUUGUUUAAAAUUUUUUAUAUUCGUUUUUAGUGUCAAACACAUAAAACUAAAAUGAUUACCAAGGGUUGCAUUCCAAUAUAUUUAUUAUUUCUUGGCUGAUUUAUUAAUCAAACAAUUAAUUAAUUAUAUAAGGAACAGCUGGUAUUGCUUAUAAAUUAUUGUACACUAAUUUAUCAACAAAUCGCAAAUAAAACGCCUGACUGAAAAGUUAUAAUAAUUUCAGUAUUACUAGAAUUUAUCGCUUUGGAAAGAAAACAAGAAUUUGAAAAUAAAAAAGCAUAAAAACAACAUUUUCAAUAAUAAAAAAGGUCCUUUUCACAAAUACCCUACUAAGCCCCAUUCGUCGUCAUCAACCCAUAUUCGGCUCACUGCUGAGCUCGAGUCUCCUCUCAGAAUGAGAGGGGUUAGGCCAAUAGUCCACCACGCUGGCCCAAUGCGGAUUGGCAGACUUCACACACGCAGAGAAUGAAGAUAAUUCUCUGGUAUGCAGGUUUCCUCACGAUGUUUUCCUUCACCGAUUGAGACACGUGAUAUUUAAUUUCUUAAAAUGCACACAACUGAAAAGUUGGAGGUGCAUGCCCCGGACAGGAUCCGAACCCACACCCUCCAGAAUCGGAGGCAGAGGUCAUUUCCACUGGGCUAUCACUGCUCUCCCCCCAUUCGCACGAGAGUUUUUUUAACGGACGUUAAAAUACAACAAAUGCAUUCUCAAGUUUUAUGUUAACACGACAGCGUUUUUAAAACACGACACUUUUUUUCGAGCAGUUAUUUUCAAUUUUGGACGUUGGUAAUAGACAUUCAUUUAACUUCAUACUAAAUUUGAACGUGCGAAUGAGGGCUUACUGUUCUGUGUGCCUAGUGGGAGUUUUCAAUAUUUUCACACUGUUACUAUCGCGUUGAAGUAAACGCGAUUUUAUAUAGAAUUGAAACAGUGUGCAGUGGCUACUAGAUGGCGCUGUUUCUAUUCCUAAGAAAUUCACGUUUACGUUAACGCGAUAGGAACAGUAUCAAACUGCUACUAGGCCCUCUGUUUAGUAAUAGGGGGGCGGGAGGGCCGUGACCACCCCUCACCUUAACCUCAAAACAUAAGCUACCUCUCCUAGUAUUAUUGAAUAAAAAUGUUAAGCAGGCGAAAAAGUAGGAAUAAUUAGAUCUGCUUAGAUAGAUAAAUAUUGCUUGAAGAUGCUUUAGAACUGUAACAAAUGUAUUGUGAAAGUAUUGUGAAAAAACAAACACUUUAGUGUAGGCCAUAUAACAAGAAAGACAUAAUUAUUAGAAUUACAAAAGACACGCACAAUAGGCGGUCUUAUAGAAGCGUUUGUUCUGGUGUGCGGCUUAGACUAGAUUUAAUAAAUUAAAGUUUGUAGCUCAUUAAAGCCACCUCGCACCCAUCCUAUCGCCUCCCCUCAUGUCAUAUUGCGAGCGAGGCGCUCCGCUUACACUAAUAAGCUGAUGUUGAUGUAGUGUACGUAUGGCCAUAGCAGUUCAUAUCAAAAAUACUGCUCUCAGUAUUAUAUUGUUAAUCUGUGCUAACAGCAAAUCUGGUAAUAGGUGGCGGUGGCGAUAUUAAUUAGUCAAUUUGCUGAAUGAGUUCGGGCGUAGAAUAUUUGUCUAAAAUAGACAUGGCGUAGUAUUAAAAGAUUACAGAGCAUGGAAAAUAUAGUAUUAAAUUAUUGAUAAAAAUAUGAUGUAUUGAUAGUUACUGAUUGAUUGUGUUAUCGACAUUAUGCAAUUAUUUAAGAGUUAAAAAUUUGUAUGUUUAUCGAACAAACUUAUUAUAACUCCAAUUGCUAAUGGUUGAAAGAUGAUAUUCAAUUAUCCAAGUUUUAUAAUAUAGUUUUUGGAAAUAUAUUUUUGUAAUGAGUCAUAAUAUUCCUAUUCGUCAGAAUAUUUAGCGAAUACAUUUUUAUAAAUUGUGUACAUUUAAAAUAUUAAAUAGGCAUUUGCUAUGGGUUAAAAUAGGCAUUUGCAUGGACCAUGGUAAAACACUCUGCUACCAAUCAUACAAGCAGGUUCGGACUGUCCGCGAUAUCUAGUUAUGUAUACGUCCGUGAAUUUAGUAGUAUGUUAACUACAUCAAUAAGUUACGCCAUCUAGUAAAAUCUCGCUGUAUUGUUCAUAUAUUCAAAUAAUUAAUUUGUUUAUGCAUGAUUUAUUUACUCUUAAAAGUUCUUUACCUGAUCAAGUAUUUUAGUUGUAUUACUUUCUACAUGAAUACUCAAAUAUGUAUUAGCAAUAUAAUUGCACAAUUUACGUCGCCUGAAUAUCAAAUGUUCUAGUUGAUUAUGUUAUUCAAAAUGUAUUAUAGAUUAUAAGAGAUUUAUUAAAAUUAUUGUUGACUAAA